AUGGGAACUACGCAAGGAGCUCUGGAGUUUUUUAACAGGAACCAGUUUCCCUGCCCGCGAAACUUCAAUCCAGGUGAUCACUACAUCCUGACACUGGCUAUUGUUCCAGGGAAAGAGGAAGAGAGUAGAAGACGAACAAAGGUAACAAUUUACCUAAAAUAUAUGAGUAUAUACGCUUCAUCGAUUCUGACGCAAUGGACUAACCUAUUUUGGAGGUCAUGGACAUCACAGUACCGAGACCAAAUGCUGUUCUGGACUAGGUUGUUUCAGACUAUUUUCAUGGCUUUAAUCCUGGGUCUAAUUUACUUUGACCUGGACAUUAGUCAGAAAGGUGUGACAGACAUCAACGGCGGAUUGUUCAUUAUUGUCACAAACAUCAGCUUCACCAACAUGUUUGCUGUGCUCACGUCCUUUCCAGAGGAAAUGGGCAUCGCCAUGAGAGAAUAUGGAUCAGCACUGUACAGGAUAGACAGUUACUUCUUCACAAAAACUAUAUCAGAGGUUUGUUUCGUUAAUCUUGUGUAUUGGCGAUCACAGCUUUUCUCAGGAUAUCUGCUCUCAGUAAUAACAGGGGACACAACACUUGCCUUGUCAGUUGCCUCGCUAGUUAUCAUCCCCUUUAUGAUUUUUGGUGGUCCUUUUAUGAAUGGCGACUCUACCCCUGAUUACUUUGUCUGGAUGGACGCCAUUUCCUGGUUUAAAUAUUCUUACGAAAUCAUGAUGAUCAACCAAUGGGAGGAUUUGGACUAUAUAGCAUGCGAAAACAAGACCGUCAGUGCAAAUGCCACACAAGAUGAGAUCUGUGAUGCCCAGAAGUGUCUCUUCAGUAAUGGACUUGAGGUGUUAGACUACAACAGCAUGGAUAAGGAUGACGUGGGAAAGGAUCUUGCCAUCCUAGGAGCCAUAUGCGCAGGUGUGUACUUGGUCACAUUCGUGUUUCUCCUGAUACGGGCGAAGAGGUCCAAGGAAUAA